CGUGGCUGGACCCGGUAGUGCCCGGCGGACCUGGAGCGUGGCACCACCCAUGGUUGGGGACCACGGUGACCAGAGCAGCCCGGGCCGCCACCAUGAUGAAGCUGUUAGUGGCCAAGGUGCUGUGCAUGGUGGGGCUGUUCUUCUUCAUGCUGCUCGGCUCCCUGCUCCCCGUGAAGAUCAUCGAGGCGGACUUUGAGAAGGCCCAUCGCUCCAAGAAGGUCCUGUCGCUCUGCAACACCUUCGGAGGUGGGGUCUUCCUGGCCACGUGCUUCAACGCUUUGCUGCCCGCUGUGCGGGAAAAGCUCCAGAAGGUUCUGAGCCUUGGCCACAUCAGCACCGACUACCCUCUGGCCGAGACCAUCAUGAUCCUGGGCUUCUUCAUGACGGUUUUCCUGGAGCAGCUCAUCCUGACCUUCCGCAAGGAGAAGCCGUCCUUCAUCGACCUGGAGACCUUCAACGCCGGCUCGGACGCGGGCAGCGACUCCGAGUACGAGAGCCCCUUCAUGGGCGGCGGGCGGGGACACGCGCUCUACGCUGAGCCCGCGCCCCAUGCGCACAGCCACGGCCUGAGCGUCCAGCAGCUGUCCCGCUCCAGCCCGCUGCGCCUGCUCAGCCUGGUCUUCGCGCUCUCGGCCCACUCCAUCUUCGAGGGUCUGGCCCUGGGCCUGCAGGAGGAGAGCGAGAAGGUGGUCAGCCUCUUCGUGGGCGUGGCCAUCCACGAGACGCUGGUGGCUGUGGCCCUGGGCAUCAGCAUGGCCCGGAGCGCCGUGCCGCUGCGGGACGCGGCCAAGCUGGCCGUCACGGUGAGCGCCAUGAUCCCGCUGGGCAUCGGCGCCGGCCUGGGCAUCGAGAGCGCGCAGGGCGUGCCCAGCAGCGUGGCCUCGGUGCUCCUGCAGGGUCUGGCGGGCGGCACGUUUCUGUUCGUCACCUUCUUCGAGAUCCUGGCCAAGGAGCUGGAGGAGAAGAGCGACCGACUGCUCAAGGUGCUGUUCCUGGUGCUGGGCUACGCCGUCCUGGCCGGGAUGGGCUUCCUCAGCUGGUGAGCGUCUCGGCCGCCGCCAUUGCCGCCCUCCUCCCGCGAGGGGGCACACUCGGCCCGGGCGGCUGUUCCCCGCGCCCAGGGGCUCCUCG